AUGAUCGGUCAGAAGCUCAUCACCUCUGAAGAAACCGGUAUUGGCUGUGUUGCCGCGGAACGCGAUGACAUCAUCCAAACGCGGAAGUGGGAUGUUACAGUUACAGUUACAGUUAAAGUAAAAACAACACGAAAUCAAGUCAUCUUGUUAUCAUCCAUGGAUCAAAAACAACAAAGCACCCUUGCCAGAUAUCUGGAUGGAGAAUUCUGGGAGAUUAAAGAUGCUUUUCGGGACGCGAUUUCAAAGUGUGAUCUGUUUCAGUCCAGCAGUUAUGAACUGACUCUGGAUCAGAGCAGAGACCUGACCGCAGAGAGACUCUAUCACAUCUUAAGACUGCCUUUCAUGAGAGAACACCUUCAAAACCAGCUAAAAGAGAAGCAAAGUGGCUUCAUUAACAAGAGCUGGGGCAUCACCGAGGUCAUCUGCUCCGCUGACAUGGCCACGGGAGUCAAGCUCGGUGUUGUGUGUGGACUGUAUGGAGGUGCUGUCAAUAAUCUAGGCAGUCCAGAGCAGAAGAAGAAGUGGUACCUGCCUGUAUCAGAGCUACAGUUUACAGGGAUGUUUGCAAUGACCGAGAGGGGCCACGGUAGCAACGUUCGAGGCAUUAUCACUGAGGCCCGAUACGAUCAAUACACACGGGAGUUUAUUAUUCACACACCUUCCGAGGAUGCUCAGAAAAUGUACAUCGGGAACGCAAUGAAAGGAAACUAUGCUGCUGUAUUUGCUCAGCUCAUUAUAAAUGGAGAAUCUCAGGGUCCCCACUGUUUCAUUGUGCCGAUCCGUGAUCAGAAUGGAGUCGUGUGGCCGGGAGUGACGACCAUUGACAUGAAGCACAAGGAGGGUCUGAAUGGGGUUGACAAUGGCAUUUUGAUAUUUAAUAACGUACGGAUACCACGGGAAAAUCUGCUGGGAAAGUUUGGUUCUGUGUCAGCUGAGGGUUUGUACUCGUCUCCUGUCGUCAGUAAAAGCAGGCGCUUCAAUGCAAUGCUCGCUGCCCUGACACCCACCCGUCUGGGUCUCACCGUACAGGCCAUGGCAGCCAUGAAGUUGGGGCUUGUCAUCGCAGUACGCUACAGCCACAGUCGCAGACAGUUCGGUCCGAAAGACCGGGAAGAGGUAAAGAUCAUCGAGCACCAGACGCAGUCUCUGAGACUGAUGCCACAUCUCGCUGCCGCCCUCGCUCUCACCUUCACCACAAGAUACGCAGCAGGCUUGAUGGAUGAUGCGUUGUGUCAGGGUCAGGACCUUCAAAGCAAUCGCGCUCUGCAAGCUCUCGUCGCAGGACUCAAAGCCUACAGCACGUGGGAGAACCUCGUGUGUCUGCAAGACUGCCGUGAGUGUACUGGCGGCAUGGGCUUUAUGAUGGAAAACCGUAUUCCGUCUCUGAAGUGUGAUUCCGACGUCUUUGUCACAUUUGAGGGUGACAACAUGGUCAUGCUUCAGGUGGUGGUACGAGAGCUGCUAACCCAGCACACCAAACAGAUGGGGAACAACCUGGUGAUGGGACUGAUUAGAAACUGGACCAGCUCAGUGUCAGACAGCCUUAGAACCAGCUUUCUUGGCUUCGGUGUGGACAAAGUAGGAGACCUAAUGUUCCUGCUGAAAGCGGUGAGCUACAGGGAAAGGGUGUUACAGCGCACUCUAGCAAGUCGACUUUACACAAAGAUAGAGAAAAACAAAGAUGAGUUUUUUAUGGCCUGGAACGCUUGUUUACAUCACGUGAUCACUUUGGCAAUGGCACACAUACACAAAGUGACCUUGGAGCAGUUUGCUCUCGCCAUUCAAGAGUGCCAUAUCAAAGAGGACCAUGCCUUGCUUACCAAGUUCUGCCUUCUUCACGGCACUAGUCUGGUGUACCAGGAGAGAGCGUGGUAUCUUGAGCACAACUACCUGACCGCAGGCACCAGCCGGCAGAUCCGCAGCCAGCUUUUGGAGCUGUGCAGAUCAGUGAAGGAUGAUGCGCUGAAGGUGGUCGAUGACUUCAACAUCCCGUCCUGCUGCAUCCAGGCUCCUAUCGCUGGGGUCCCAAACCCCAGGGCCGAAUGGGCCUUCUACUCGCAGCCACAGUAUCUGUCUAAGCUCUGAGCACGCGUGACCCUGGCUUUAUGAGGAUAUGGAAGACGAUUGAGUGAUUUCAGAUAGCUGGCCUGAUCAGUUUGGAACAGUUUUGCAUGUUUGGGUGAGAGAGGAAACGACUAAUUGGAGUUGGUCAAUGCACAGGAAGUUUUGUGAUUAAGCAUCAUGUUUUCGCCAAAAAAGAAUGGAAUAACUUUCUUCUAAUGGCCAAGGCCUCGACGACACUACCUUUUCUCGUCCUUUUAAUAAUGUGUGCACAUGGAAAAGGGAAUUUCAGUUAUACGAGUUGCACAUUGUCUUACAGUUUUUUAACACUUCAGUGAUUUUAGCCUAAUCGAUUUCAAAUAGGAAGUAGGGAUAA